UGAGAUUUGAACUCGCAACCUUUGGGUUGCUAGACAUUCACGUUAUACACCCGACCAAACUACUUUCAUUUUUGCCUUAAGUAACCAUCGGUCUUAUGUACCCAUACCAAACGUCACAUAUCAUACUACUGUUCGGGAUUUACAUUUAAUAUGUUGCGUCUAGUCUAUGAGACCAGGCUUUCCCAAUAGAAAGUGAAAGUUCUGUACUUUUCUGAACUGAGAUAAAGGGCUCACUCGGCUAUAUAAAUGGGUAGAGGCAGCGUACCACCAUUCAACUUCGAAGAAGACUAAGUAGAAGAAUAAGCUAUAUCAGACAGAUUCUUACAUUUACAAAAUGGGUGGAAUCUACAGUUAUUUAUACCCAGAGUCUUCAGGGGAAAUCACAGUUGUCACUCAGACAGAGACCUAUCAGGACACAGACAGGUAAACUUCCUCUAUCCCCACCCAGGUCACAAGAGCAACAAGGUCACCAGAGCAACAAGGUGAUAAGACUAACACCGUGAUUCCCCCAGGAAAUUCCCUAAGUGCCUUAGGUGCCAAUGACAACAUUGAGGAUGUGGACAAGUUCAAUGUCCUUGUGAGGUGUGCGGGAAAGACCAUGGACAUAGACGUGUUCCCUCUGGAGAGAAUAGCAGUUCUGUUGGAAAAUGCAUGUCAACAGGCAGGAAAGAAAUGCAGCACAAUGAAGCUUGUUUACAACGGGGAAAUGCUGGAUGAGAGCAAAACAGUGAAACACUACAAGCUACGAAGAGGAAACUCAGUCAACCUCAUUCAUGCCUGUUAAAAGGUUGUUUUGAGGCUGGGCCAUAGAUGACCAGGCUGUGACGGGUGGAUUCUGUGUAGGAUUGACCCUGGCAUGGCUACUGCUAGGAAGAGCUCUGCGGCAAAGGCGGGGGCCGUCAGUUUCUCAGAAGAGCCAACCACCGCUAUUGCUCCCGCCGGCACCCCCUCCCAUGUCCACUUUGACAAGAAGCUCCACGACUCUGUCGUCAUGGUGAUCCCUCAGCCCGAUGGGAACUUCAUGGUCAAGGUUGGUUUUCUGAAGACCCAGCACAAGUAUGAGAUUGUCUUCGACCUCCCUGAGGUUCCGUCACUGGGGAAGGCUGUGUGUCCAGCUCCUGUACCCAACCAGCACAUCUGCAUCACCAAUAUCACUCCUGUAGCAGAGGGUGGUCUGAGAGUGACGUGUGAGUACAUGGCCCACCAGGAGGGAGUGCUAUGUGAGGAGCUGAUGCUGGUCAGUGAGAGCCAGGAGGAAGUCUGUGUGGGGGUCAAGGUUCAAGCCCGCGUCAUGGACCGUCACCAUGGUACACCCAUGUUGUUGGAAGGAGUGCGUUGUGUGGGAGUGGAGCUGGAGUAUGACUCUGAACAGAGUGACUGGCAAGGAUUUGACUAGACCAGGCAAUGCGACAACACACACAUUCAAACAAAAAGACAGUGCCACAUAUAUUGGAAUUCAUCAUCCACUCCAAACUAUCCCUGACCAUUCAAGAUGUUUUGGUCCAAAAGGAGGAUGAAAUUAGGAAAUGGACAGUGGUUCUUUUUUUAAAGCAAGGCUAAUGUGAUCAGAUCUCUGUUGAGCAUACCUCCAGUCUAGUUAGUUAAUGCAUCUGAAAUGCAUUGAAACAGGUACUAUUUUUUAAUUGUCAUUAGUACUGCAAUGAUAGACAUUAUCCAACUGCCCAUGCCUUUCCACUGCAUGACCCUAUGUUGUGUUGAAUGUUUUCUGAAUAAACCUAUAGGGGGCAGCAAAGCUCACGUAAACAAUUCAGCCCAUUUCACCCAGCCUGGCUUUAACAGUACCUGUAGGGGUCGACAAAGACCAUUAAAUGUAUCCCUCCCAUCUGACAUGGAGGGAUUGAAAAUGACUUAUUUUAAGUUCAUAAUAAUAAUAAUUAUACGCUAUGAAUCAAUUGCAAGUGCCUACGUUGCUGUAUAGCUUUUACCAUCAACUGCCUUCUAUUCCUUGCAUAGAUAAAGGUUAAAUAAAUAUAAUAAAAAUGUUACAAAAUAAUCCAUCUAUCACUCACUAACCUGCCCUCCCUCCCCCAACCCCCUCACCAUCCUCUCUGAGCACUCAUACUCUUGUUGCAACCUAAUCUCUUAGUAAGAAGUAUAGUUAGUCACUGUUUACUGUCAAUAGUUAGUCACUGUAAAUGAAUAUUCCCAUCAAGUUAGAAUAUCUAGUACAAUCAGUCUCUGUAUUUCACAUAGCGAAGUGGAAUUAAACCUGUUUUCUUUAUCAAAUCAGACAAUCUACAUGUGUUAAAUGUGUUCGCCCUUAAUUGUUUUUAUAUUUGUGUUUAAUAGGCUCUGUAAUGUCUUAAAGUUAUCCCUUGUUAUCUGGUGUCCAUGCUAGAUCCACCCUCCCAGGUUGAGGUCAAUUUUCAUUUAAAUUCCAAUCAAUUCAGGAAGUACACUGGAAUUCCAAUUGUCUUCCCUGCUUUUCGAUGUGGAUCAUUCGGAAUUGGAAUGUGGUUUGCUUUCUGAAUUGACCCUAACCCUGCCAUGCUUCAAACGAUAGUGAAACGGAUGGUGGAUUCGACUUGGAUACCAUCCGAUCUAGUCCCAUCGACGGGUUAAGAGUAGAAAAAGAGGGGGCACUAUUGUUCAUGCAGUCAGACUGAUCAAAAUAAUAUUCUCCACCCACAUUGUGAUAGGCAUCAUGUCUGUUCUUAGCGGGGUUGGGUGAAUUCAGAAAGGAAACCAAAUUCCACAUUUCUAAUUGAAAAGCGUUUAAAAGAAUUGGAAUUUCAUUGUACUUCCAGAAUUAAAAUGGAAUUGACCCCAACCCUGGUUCUUAGGUUACUGUAAUGAGGGAUUACUGUACUGGGGGGGGCAGCAUUUUAUCAGUCAAUACACUACACAAUACAUGUUCCCUUAUAGAUGUUUGUUGUUGUGAUCGCUCUUGUUUUGUUAUGCCAUGAAAGAAUAAAGUUGAUGUAUUUAAAAAAAUAA